AUGAAGAAUACUGGCCAGGCUCAGUGCUAUUUAGUUUCAGCAGGUGAUUGUAUUAGUUUGUCAUGGUAAAGUUUAACGUUUAUAUGGUGUAACAUUCAACAGUUGAGAGUUCAAUCACUAUAUAUGCUCCCUAGCAGAUGUGUAGUGACAGAUAUUUAUUUGCCGUGCGCUGUCCCUUUAAGACAGACAGUAUUUCGUACAUUCAUGUGAAAAAAAUAAAUAAAUAAAUAAAAUAAAAAAAAAAAAAUAAAAAAAGCGGCGUUUUAAAUGCCCGGCUGACGUCAUUAAACUUUUUAAGCUGUUGGAGUGCCCGUGGAGGUGAAACACACACAAGAAGCGCGCGUUCUCACAGUGACUCGCUGCAGAUGCGCCUGGACAGGCUCAGGUUUGCAGAGAAUUACUACAAAAUCAUCCUUCCUUGACCUGCUGAGCCUGGAUCUAUUUCUACAAAUCUUCAAAAGUGUUUUGCAGAAGAAAGAAAGUCAAACACAUCUCAGAUUGCAUGAGGGUUGACCUUUAAGCAUUCAAAACAAACACAUCUGUCAAGUGAGUCAUAGAGUUCAUCUCAUGUGAUCAGAAAUUCCUGUCACAUAUAGUGGCCCCCAAAGGUGGGUUAUCAUUGGAGUCUGUCCUCACCACACAAGCACUUCUCAAACUCAACAGAAUGAACAGGGCUUUUACCAGGAGAAAGGAUAAGCCAACCAUACACACACCUGAAGCCCUGGUGAGAAGCCAUGUUGUAUAUAAUGCAAAGUUUUUGGGAAUCACAGAAGUGGAGGAGCCCAAAGGGACAGAUGUGGUCCGUGUGGCCAUCAGAAAGCUGAAGUUUCAAAAGCACAUCAAGAAGUCAGAGGGGCAGAAAACUCCUAAAGUGGAGCUUCAGAUCUCUAUUUAUGGUGUGAAGAUACUGGACCCCAAAACAAAGGAGAUGCAGCACAGCUGCCAACUUCACAGAAUGUCCUUCUGCGCAGAUGACAAAACUGAUAAAAGAAUCUUCACUUUUAUCUGUACAGAACCGGAGACUAAAAAACACCUGUGUUACGUGUUCGACAGUGAAAAAUGUGCAGAGGAGAUCACUCUUGCUAUUGGACAAGCCUUUGAUCUCGCCUACAAGAAGUUUCUGGAGUCUGGUGGAAAAGAUGUAGAGAUGAGAAAACAGAUUGGAAACCUUCAGAAACGAAUUCAGGAUUUAGAGAUGGAGAACUCUAAACUGAAGAAGAAACUGAAAGACUUGGAGGAUCAGUUGAUGGAUUCUCGCUGCUCACCAGUGUGUUCAAGACCGUCUGCCUUGUCCUGGUGUGGUGAUGUCACAUCACUGUCCAGCUUAGAGAUCUCCUCUGUCACUCUAACACCUGUCAGUUCACCCGAUUCCAGCCAAUCAGCAAGCUUGUUCACUCCACCUGUGGCUAAGUCCAGCCACUCACAGCCCACAAGCGGCUACAUCGUACCUCGUGCUGGGAGCAUACAAGCUACAGCGCUCUCUACUGACAUAUUUGAUAUGGUUCCAUUCACCCCCGCAUCUCCAAUAACAAGAAGAGCGAAUUGUAAUGGGAUCUCAUCUCAGUACUACCCACUGCCGCCAAAAGACAGAGAUAUAGACAUGUUUGGAGCAGAACCAUUCGAUCCAUUUAUCUGUGGACCUGCUGUCCUAACACCAGACAUUCAGUCCAAACUGGAGGAGAUGCAGGAGGGGUUCCAAAUGGGACUAACUCUAGAGGGUACAGUUUUUUCCCUGGAUCAGGUGGACAGCCGAUGCUGAUUUUGGAAAGACAUUUUUGAACAGUAUAUACUCUACUCUUAAUCAAAUGAUCAAAAUUUCUAAUCACGAUUUGGAUUGAUGUUGAAAGAAAAAUAAGAGGAGCCUCAAAAAAGGUCUGUAAAGGUAUUAUCUAUUUUUAUAUAAUAAACAUUUAAGAUUGAACAAAUGUUUGAUGAUUUGUCUUAAAUCUUGUACCAGAAAUUGUUAAAAGAGACAAGACACAAACAUUUAUUUUAGCUUUCUAAAAGUUCUCUAGAAUUUUGACCAAAUUUACCUGUGUUUGGUUCAUUCACCACCAAAAGUUAUGGUUAUGUUCCUUUUGAUCCUCAUUUUUAAACCAUUUUGUACUUCAAUGAGGUCAUUGGUAGUUCCAGAGUAGGUUGCUUAUGUUAUAAAUGGUGCAACUUUCAUUUUUAUUUAAAUUGAAAGGCAAUCUUAUUAUUAUAUCCCAGCUAUAUUACAGGAUAAUGGAUGAAUCAGCUUUUACUGUAAGAUUAAACAAUCUUAGGCAUGCUGAGUGACUCAAGCCAGGUCUCCUAAGCAAUUGGCCCGGUUUCUAGGGAGGAUAAGAGUCACAUGGGGUAACCUCCUCUUGGUAACUAUAAUGUGUGGUUCUCGCUCUUGGUGGGGCAUGUGGUGAGUUGUGCGUGGUUGCCGUGGAGAAUAGCGUGAAGCUCAAUAAGCCAAGUGAUAAAAUGCACGGAUUGACGGUCUCAGACACGGAGGCAACUGAGAUUCGUCCUCCACCACCCAGAUUGAGGCGAGUCACUACGCCACCACGAGGACUUAGAUCGCAUUGGGAAUUGGGCAUUCCAAAUUGGGGAGAAAAUAAAAGAAUGUACAAUCAUAAAUGGCUAAAUCAAAAUCAGGUGUUAGAUAAUCUAUCUACCUGGUGGGUCUCGAAUAUAUUCAGCCCUUGAGGUUUCCUUCACAGAUGUUCAGAAAGAUGAUCUUUCCCUUCAUUGAUGGCUCUUUUAAUAUUUAUGUUAAAUGCUUAUUAUUUGCACUU